UAAGUGGCAUAUGCCUGACACUUGCUAAACAGAGAGUCAAUCACUAGUAUUGUAAUAAACAUUAUGGGCACUGAAGUGAAAAAUACAGAGACACUACUGUCUUUGAGAAAGUUUCACAUCUCUGAGGAUUGUGGGUUUAUUCUCCCUGAGCCACUGACAGACCUGCCGGUGUUCUACAAGCCCUGGAUGGACAUUGCCAGAAAUGUGCCAGAACUCAUCUCUUCUCAUUCUUUGCGCCAUAGAAUUCAUGAUAUGCCUCUGUUGGAGACUCGUUUGUUGCAGAGCUAUCGUGAGCUGCGUUUGGCCCAUCUGGCUUUGAGCACGAUGGCUAUGGGUUACGUAUGGCAGGAGGGAGAGAGAGAAACAGUAAAAGUGCUUCCGCAGAAUCUGUCGGUGCCGUUCUGUGAGGUGUCUCGAAGACUGGGUCUGCCCCCAAUUCUCAUCCAUGCGGACACAGUCCUUGCCAACUGGAAGAAAACAGACCCAGAUGGACCUUUUUCCAUGGAGAACCUGGAGUUGUUGUUGACUUUGCCUGGAGGGGAAAGUGUAAGAGGGUUUUUCCUGGUCACACUUCUGGUGGAGCUGGCGGCUGUUCCUGGCCUAAAGUCUAUCCUUGAUGUCAUCAACGGUGUCCAUUAUGAUGAUGUUGCUAUGGUCACCAAAGCUCUGGAUGUUGUCAGUCAGGCCAUAGACAGCAUGAAACAUGCUCUUAAACUAAUGCAUGAAUAUGUAGAUCCCUCCAUAUUCUACGGAAUUAUGAGGAUCUUUCUGUCUGGAUGGAAAGAUAACCCAUCAAUGCCAGAAGGUCUCGUGUACGAGGGAGUUCAUGAGAAGCCAAUGGAGUUUUCGGGAGGCAGUGCAGCACAGAGUAGUAUCUUACACUGCUUUGAUGAGCUGCUGGGAGUCCAACAUGAAGGCAGCAGUGGGGCCUUCCUGAGAAGAAUGAGGGACUACAUGCCGCCCUCCCAUAAGCGUUUCAUUGAAGACAUCUCUAGUCGCCCGUCCCUGCGCGACUUUGUGCUCCAGCAAGCGGAUGAGCGCCUAACGCACACAUUUGAACAAUGUGUGGCCCGGUUGGUGGACUUUAGGAAUUGCCACAUCAACAUUGUCACCCGUUACAUCACUAUACCGGCGUCCCGUGCCAGACAGCUCCGUGAAAACAAGCAGGGUUUGGUCGAGGAGCUCGACGCAAUCAGGAAAGCGCCAAAAGCGCUGGAGGAAAGAGGUACUGGAGGUUCAGGGAUUAUGGUCUUUCUGAAGACUGUGCGUGAUGAAACUAAAGACAUCCACAUCUCAAAGUCUACUAAUGGGAACCAAGUCUUGCCAAAUGCACCGAUGACAGCGAUACAGAAGGCUGCAUCUGAGCUCAAAAUAGAAUGAAAAUAGCAACAAAGUAUCUUUGAAUGGUGAUUUGACAAACAGGCUCAUUGGAAUAAAUCACGCCAGUGCAAAAUGAAA